UGGGAUGUUACAUGUGGUUUAGAUUUGGUAGGGAGUGUGGUGUUUUAAAAGCAGUCUCUCCCCCCCCCACUCUCCUCCUCCUCCUCCUGUCUGCUGAAGGCAAUUGGUGCAUUCCUAAACAGACUGUGGGAACAUGAUUUUGGUGGAGAGAGAGAGAGAGAGUGUGUGAGUGAGUGAGAGAGAGAGAGAGAGAGAACAGACGCUUUGCAGAUCAGCCCUUGUGGAUACUACAUACUAUAACCAGUGGAUUGUACAGAGGGCAAUUUCCCAAAUACAUCCAGGAUUAAGGGGUACCAAGGAGAAGGUCUGGGGAAGGAGAGAAAAAGAAGAGAAGAAGGAAAAAAAAAAGAAAGGGAGGAGAGGAAAACAAUCAUCCCAUUACUUGUUAAAUUAAAUCCACAAUUCUUUCCAACCCCAACUGUGGUGAGUUACAAGACAUUUACAGCAAAGUGUGGCUGGCAACUAUGACACACGGGUGAUGCAGACAGGACGCUUGAGCAGGGAAGCCUUUCCACGGACACCAUGAGGGUAGUGAGGCUAGUGGCCCUGUGUCUGUGUGUCCCCGGCCUCGUCCUGGUCACCACGGGCCGACUCGCACACUCCCAAAGCUUGCCCGGUGUCCCAGCCUCCACAGACACCGACUGUGAAAGGAAGGAGCAUCCCAUCGUGUCCUUCAAUGUGCUGAGGCCCGGACUGUACAAUUUCAGCUUCUCAGGUGCAGUGGACUUUUGUCAGAUCUUCAUUGACCUCGACAGGAACCAGCUGAUCGUUGGAUCCAGAAACUACCUCUUCCGCCUUAGUGUGGCCGAUCUCUCUCUUAAACAGGCUGUCGCAUGGAAACCAGAUGAGACCACAAGGCAAAGCUGUCUAAGCAGAGGGAAGACUGAGGUGGAGUGUCAAAACUACAUCCGUGUGAUGCUCAUCAAUGACAAGAAAAUAUUUAUCUGUGGAACCAACGCCUUUUCCCCCACCUGCACAAACCGACAGCCUGAUGACCUGAGCAAGGUCCUGGAGAAGAUUAACGGGCUGGCCAGAUGCCCCUACGACCCAAGGCACAACUCCACGUCAGUGAUGACGGCGAGUGGAGAGCUGUACGCCGCCACUGUCAUCGAUUUCUCCGGCCGGGACUUUGCCAUCUACCGUAGCCUCGGAAACGCCCCCCCGUUGAGGACCGUCCAGUACAACUCCAAGUGGCUGAACGAGCCCAACUUCGUCUCUGCCUACGACAUCGAUCCCUUCGUCUACUUCUUCUUCCGGGAGCACAACGUGGAGGCGGACUGCGGUGCGACCAUCUACUCCCGCGUGGCCAGGGUCUGCAAGAACGACGUGGGGGGCCGGUUCCUGCUGGAGAACACGUGGACCACCUUCGCCAAGGCCCGGCUCAACUGCUCGCGGGCCGGCGAGAUCCCCUUCCACUACAACGAGCUACAGAGCACCUUCUACAUGCAUGAACAGGACCUCAUGUACGGUGUCUUCACCACCAACAUAAACAGCAUCGCAGGCUCUGCGAUCUGCGCCUUCAACCUCACCUCCAUCACACAGACCUUCAGCGGUCCCUUCCGAUACCAGGAGAAUUCCCGCUCGGCCUGGCUCCCAGCCCCCAACCCCAUCCCCAACUUCCAGUGCGGCACGUUGAAGAGUGGUCCCAACGAGAAGCUGACGGAGCGCCCCCUGCCAGACGCUCAGCGGUUUUUCAUGAUGAACGAGGUGGUGCAGCCCUGCUCCGUGAACCCGCUGGUUACCCAGGACAACCUGCGCUUCUCCAAGUUGGCCGUGGACAUCGUCCAGGGCCCUGACAAUCUCUACCACGUCAUCUACAUCGGCACCGAGCGAGGCACUAUCCUGAAGACCCUGUCGGCUCAGGCUCAGAAUCAAGCGCUGAGUGGCUGUUACCUGGAGGAGCUGCGGCUGUUGCCUGAGGGGCAGGAGGAGCCCAUUCGCACCCUGAAGAUCCUUCACCAUGACCGGUCGCUGUUCGUGGGGUUGGCCAACCGUGUCCUCAAGAUCCCGCUGGAACGCUGCAGCUCCUACAGCAGCAAAAUCUUGUGUUUGGAGGCGAGAGACCCUUACUGUGGAUGGGAUCCAGCAAAGAAACGCUGCACUACCUUUGAGGACAGCACCAAUAUGAGUCACUGGAUUCAGAACAUCACCGAGUGCCCGGUGAAAAAACUAACGCAGGAUGGUGCCUUCGGACCUUGGACUGCGUGGCAUCAGUGCAAACACACAGACCAGGACGCCACGGGCCAGUGCAAUUGCAGAUCCCGUGCGUGUGACAGCCCAGCCCCAAAGUGCGGGGGCCGCGACUGUGUGGGUCCCUGGAUGGAGGUGUUCAACUGCUCAAGGAAUGGAGGGUGGACCUUGUGGUCAGUGUGGGCUCCGUGCAGCACCACGUGUGGGAUCGGGUUCCAAGUUCGUCAGCGAACAUGCAGCAAUCCCACACCUCGCUAUGGAGGCCGUGUGUGCGUUGGUCAGAGCAGGGAGGAGAGGUUUUGUAAUGAGAACUCCCCGUGCCCUCUGCCCGUGUUCUGGUCGAGCUGGGCGCCCUGGAGCGAGUGCAGCGCUGAGUGCGGAGAGGGCAUGCACUCCCGCCAGAGAAGCUGUGAGAACGGAAACGCCUGCCCGGGGUGUGCCAUGGAACACAGGACGUGCAACGUGGAUCCGUGCCCCGAGGUGCGGAGGAACACCCCGUGGACCCAGUGGAUGCCGGUGAACGUCAGCCAGAGCGGCUCGCGGCACGAGCAGAGGUUCCGCUACAGCUGCCGGGCACAGCUGGCCGACCCGCACGACCUCCAGCUCGGCAAGAAGAAGGUGGACGUGCGCUACUGCCCCGCGGACGGCUCCACGGGCUGUGGGACGAAUGCUCUGGUCGAUGACCUGGUGAGGUUUGGUCGUCAGUCGGGCCAUCGUGUGAGCGGGACAUGGUCAUCGUGGUUACAGUGGACCUCCUGCUCCCGGGAGUGUGAGAGGGGCUUCCGCAGCAGGAAACGCACCUGCACCAGCUCCGAGCCCAGGACCGGGGGUCUGCCCUGCCAGGGGGCCAACAGCGAAUACCAGGAGUGUAACCAUCAGCCCUGCCCAGUGAAGGGAAUGUGGUCUUGUUGGUCUCCGUGGUCGCUGUGUUCGGUUAGCUGCAGUGGGGGCCAUUACCAGCGCACUCGCACCUGCACCAGCCCGGCCCCCACCAACGGUGGUGACAUCUGCAUCGGACUCCACACCGAGGAGGCGCUGUGCAACACACACAGCUGCGAAGCUGGUUGGUCGGAGUGGAGCAAGUGGACAGUGUGCGGUGAGGAAGGGACGCAAUCUCGUAGCCGUUGCUGUGACCUUCCCAACCCGGGGACGACGCAGUGUGUGGGCAACAGCACCCAGCACCGACCCUGCCUCUACAACGAGAUCCCGGUGAUCCAGUCUGCCAUCGGCAGUGACAGCAGCUGUGGAGGUUUCAGUAUCUACCACCUGAUCGCCACCGGGGUGUCUUGUUUCCUCGGCGCUGGGGUCCUGACGUUGCUGACCUACCUGUACUGCCAACGCUGCCAGCGACAGUCUCAGGAGUCGACUGUCAUUCACCCGACCACUCCCAACCACCUCAACUACAAGGGCAGCUCCCAAACCAACAAGAACGAGCUGUACAACCCCAUGGAAAUCAAGCCAUUAAACAAGAACAACCUGAUCCCCGAUGACCGGAGCAACUACUAUUCAUCGCUGCAGCAGACCAACGUAUACACGACCACUUACUACCCCUCCACGCUCAACAAGUACGACUACAGGCCCGAGGCUUCACCUGGAAGAGCCUACAACUAAGCCCGAGUGGCCAUUACCUCUCCACCUCCCAUUCCCCAACAACUCACUCCCUUCCCGUCUCGAUAUCCGCCCUUGGAAGCAGACCGCAACGGAUCUGAAGAUGAUUGUUAGAGACCACCUUACCCCACGCCUCCUCCUCCUCCUCCUC